AUGGAAACUUGGUUGUCUGAACUAGUAGAUGACAGCGAGGUAACCAUGCCUGGCUACCAACUGUUCAGAAAAGAUAGGGAGGGACGUGAAGGCGGUGGCAUAGCGACAUACGUGAAAAAUGGACUCACCAUUUUAGACAAAACGGAUAAACUGGCGCGUACUUCCGAGGCGAUCUGGCUAUCCAUUAAAGUACCAGGUGCAUCCAACCUCGAUGUCCUGACACUCUACCGACCACCGAGAAGAAGGCCCGUAGUGGAUGCCUCCUUGCUAGAGGAGCUUGAAAAGAUAACUGCAUGGUCGGAUAUCCUGAUUGUGAGGGACUUCAACGCGCCUCACAUCGACUGGGGGCGCGGCCUGCUCAUAUAG